AAAAUGUAACGUAGAGUGGACUAAAGCUGCUUGUCCGCUAGCACACUGACAGGGUUGGUGGAAACCGGAUAUGACGUAUCCGGCGUGUAAACUAACCGCCUUCCUCCUUCGGCAGCAACAUGGCGCCGAUGUUGGUAACACUGAAAUGCGGCGUUUACUUUAAAAGACAGCAGUUAGCGCUUCUCCUUCGACAGACAAGCUCAUAUCACAUUUGGAAUAAAAGUCACAGGGAAACGGUGACGGACCCUAAACGCCAAAGCACAUAUCUGCUGAGUUCCACCCCCCACCUACGGACAGCAACAUGGAGUACAAACAGGGGGGAGAACAGUCGUCAGAUUUUGGAGGCAGUAAAACAUUUGCAGAUAACCGACAAAAGAUCAUGUUGGCACGGAAGUGCAGGAGGAAAGCUAAAUGCAGAUCCCAAAAAUGUGCUGAAGGAAGUGAAUUCAGCCAAGAUCCUGUCUGCAAUGAUGUCUUAUGUGUGGCCAAAGAAUAGACCGGACCUGCGGGCCCGUGUUGCCAUCUCUCUCUGCCUGCUCGCUGGAGCCAAGAUGACCAAUGUGACCGUGCCCUUCAUGUUUAAGUAUGCAGUGGACGAGCUUAACCAGAUGUCGGGACACGCGCUGAACCUGAAUGACGCGCCAAGCACUGUGGCUACCAUGGCAACGGCCAUGCUGAUUGGCUAUGGCGCAUCACGGGCUGGUGCAGCCUUCUUCAACGAGUUGAGGAACACUGUAUUCGGCAAGGUGGCCCAGAACUCCAUCCGACGCAUUGCCAAAAAUGUCUUCCUCCACCUGCACAAUCUGGAUCUGGGCUUCCAUCUCAGCCGCCAGACAGGAGCGCUGUCCAAGGCUAUCGACCGCGGCACACGGGGCAUCUCAUUUGUCCUCAGUGCCAUCGUCUUCAAUCUAGGACCAACAGUCUUUGAGAUGUUCCUCGUCAGCGCCAUUUUGUAUUGGAAGUGUGGUGGACACUUUGCAGCAGUGUCCUUGGGUACCUUAUCAGCAUACAGCCUCUACACCAUUCUCUUCACUCAGUGGAGGACUCGUUUCCGGAUAGAAAUGAACAAAGCCGACAAUGAAGCCGGCAACGCAGCUAUUGACUCUCUCCUUAACUAUGAGACUGUUAAGUACUUCAACAACGAGAAAUAUGAAGCUGAAAAGUACGACUCAUACCUGAAGAUCUACGAGUCAUCCUCUUUAAAAACCACUUACACACUCGCCAUGCUCAACUUUGGCCAGAGUGUCAUCUUUAGUGUCGGCCUCACCACCAUCAUGGUGCUGGCCAGCAAGGGCAUUGCAUCAGGUUCGAUGACAGUGGGAGACCUGGUGAUGGUGAACGGGCUGCUCUUCCAGCUCUCCCUCCCCCUCAACUUCCUGGGCACGGUGUACAGAGAGACCAGGCAGGCCCUGAUCGACAUGAACACUCUCUUCACCCUGCUCAGCAUCGACACCAAGAUCAAGGAGAAGGAUCUCGCCCCGCUUUUAAGCAUCACACCGCAGGAGGCCACCAUUCGCUUCGAAGAUGUCUACUUCGAAUACCUGGAGGGCCAGAAAGUCUUAAACGGAGUGUCCUUCGAAGUGCCUGCUGGGAAGAAAGUGGCUAUCGUUGGUGGCAGCGGGUCAGGGAAGAGCACCAUUGUGCGGCUGUUGUUCCGCUUCUUUGAGCCUCAGCAGGGGAACAUCUACAUCGGGGGGCAGAAUAUCCGAGACGUCGGCCUUGACAGCCUGAGGAGGUCUUUGGGGGUCGUACCUCAGGAUGCUGUUCUGUUCCACAACACCAUCUUCUACAACCUGCAGUAUGGCAACAUCAACGCCACACCGGAGGAGGUCUACCAAGUUGCACGACUAGCAGGCAUCCAUGACGCCAUCCUCAGGAUGCCCCAUGGCUACGAGACCCAAGUGGGAGAGCGGGGUCUCAAGCUGUCAGGAGGGGAGAAGCAACGUGUCGCCAUCGCCCGUGCGAUACUGAAGAAUCCCCCCAUCCUGCUGUAUGACGAGGCAACAUCGUCCCUCGACUCUAUCACAGAAGAGAACAUCUUGACUUCGAUGAAGGGGAUGGUGAAGGACAGGACAUCAGUGUUUAUCGCCCACAGGCUCUCCACAAUAGUAGACGCAGACGAGAUUAUAGUGCUCAAUGAGGGUAAAGUGGCAGAGCGAGGCAACCACCAAGCCCUCCUCAACAUCCCCGACAGCUUGUACUCAGUACUGUGGAACACACAGAACAGCAAAAUCCUCAACAGGGACAAGAGCUCGUCCGAGCCCCCGGCUGAACGCCUGUCCCAGAAGGAGGAGGAGAGGAAAAAACUGCAGGAGGAAAUCGUCAACAGUGUUAAGGGCUGUGGGAACUGCUCCUGUUGAGAGAGGCUGCCCUCCUCGUCUCUACAUCCCUCGCAGAUGGCCUACACUGGAAUCCCUGCCUGGGCUGUGCAGCAUUUGGGAGGGAGCAGAGUAGGGGUACAUCCCCAAUACCCACUCAAGCCAAGCCCCCACCCAUGUGACAAUCCCUCCUCCUCGUAUGAAUAAAGGCCUCUGCUCGCCAAAGUGAAGGAGGAGAGCAGAACAGGGAGCAAGUGUGUUUAGCACUGGCUGGUGUCCAGAGAUAGAGCUUCAAUGCCAGUUGUCUCAGCUGAAGCCAAGCAUAAGAGACCUUGUAUAUCACAAACGUGUGCGUAAGACAUCUGUUAGUCAACAUGGUUGCCCCCUCUCCUCCUAUUUUUGACAUCAGGUUUAUUGACAUUUUCCAUUGCACUGGAAACAGAUGAGAGUACACGUAAUGACUUGCAUAUGCCUUGAUAUUGACACAACAUUUUUAUUGAUUACAGUUUUAGAUGUAUUUUUUUUAUAUUAAGGAUCUGCAUGUAAUACAGGUUAUUUGGGGUUUAAAAAAACUGACAGAAGGAUUGUUUUGCAGUAUGUGUUGGUUUGUAAUAGGUAUUUCAAUUGGAUUCGGUCAUAACACACAUUAUCCAAUAUGUUUUUGAAUGCAUGUUCACAAAUUAUCAAAUUAGGCAGAUAAUCAGGUCUUCUUGAUUCGACUAACAACAUUAUGUUGAUGUUUGGAACAUGCAAAAUUGUUCCAGUGUGAAAUUACACUGUCACAUUCACAAGUAUAACACAAAGAAUGACAAGAAGUAACUAUAAUAAAUCAUGAACAAUUUUCACCACAAUUGGAGACACAUUAAGAGGAAACAACUUGGUUCCUCUGGGAACAGUUCCCUGUCAUAAAAUAUAGACUUGUAUGACGGGCCUCUUGUAAUGACGCUUAAUUCAAAGAGUUGUAACUGCUGAGACAGCUUUUUGGAUUGUAUCACUAGAAUAAGGAGACUUCUUUCUGAAGGUUACAUGUAAUUCUUAAUAUUUAAAAACUGAAGGUAAAAGUAUGUCCUCAUUUUCUGAGGGCGGGUUUGGCAGUGAUACACACAUUUAGUUUGGAACCUUGGUAUCUUAUAUCUCUGAAUUAAAGGAUUAUUAUACUAAACACACAAUGUGAAACCUGUUUCAUAGCAUUCUGGACUAUGUUGACUUUGUGUGUACACUGCAGAAAGGAUAAAGAUAAUAAAUGUUGACUUUUGUCUAAAUAACGAGGUCUCCAUUUUGUUGUUCUGAGUCAUAUGAUGAAAUAUAGCACAAGAUGUACAUUUAUUUAUUUGUCUGGUAUGUGUUUUUGAGGUUGUAUUCGGUUGAGACCCCUCUAUGUGAUAACUAAAGGAGUCACAAUAUUAUUAAUAAGAAAGAAUUAAAUAAAAAUGUCUGCUACA